UAUAUAUAUAUAUUCACUAUUAUAUGAUGAUGAAAUCAUGAAAAUACUGUUUUGACAACACAUGGUGCCGACUGCCACGUGUCAUGCAGCAGGAUAUCCUAAAAAAGUGACUUCUCAGAGCUUCAUUCCCUGCAUUCUCUCUCUCUCUAGAAAAGAGGUUCAAGUUUGCAGGUUCUUUGAAUACUCCGGUGAAAAUGGCGGACACUGCUAAUAAACUUACCAUAUUCAUGUACCCAUGGUUUGCGAUGGGCCAUAUCACUCCUUACCUCCUGACCGCCAACAAACUCGCCGAGAGGGGCCACAAAAUAACCCUAGUUAUCCCUCCUAAAGCCCAAUCCAAACUGGGCCAACUCAAUCUCCACCCUGAUCUCGUCCACCUCCGCCCCAUUUCCAUCCCCAAAGUCGAAGGCCUGCCGGCCCACAUCGAAACCAGCAACGACGCCACCGUGCUCGAGCAACAGCUUCUCCGCCACGCCCUAGAUCUCACGGCACCCACCGUCAAAUCUCUGCUCUGCGAUGUGAAGCCCGAUUUGGUUAUCUCCGACUUCGCCUACUGGCUGCCGGGCCUGGCGCGCCGCAUGCAGAUCAAGUCCGUCCACUUCAGCGCUGUCAGCCCCGCGGCGAUGGGUUUCAUGUUCACCGGAGGCACUUCGCCGACCGAGGAUGAUCUUCAUUUUCCGCUGUCGAUCAAGCUGUACAAACACACGGCACGCGAUCUGGAGUGGUUCAAGACGGCAAAGGAAAUGGGCAGCGGGAUAACGAUGGAGCAACGCUUGACCACCGCAAUUUCCGAGAGCGACGCGGUUUGCUUCAAGACGUGCAGUGAAAUUGAAGGAGCCUAUGUUCGAUUUCUCGAAAACAAGCUCAAGAAACCAAUCCUACUAACAGGCCCAUUGUUACCAAACCCGCAAUCUUCUUCAACCGACCUAGACGAGAAAUGGGCUAAUUGGCUCAACAAAUUCACGCCCAAAACCGUGAUCUUCUGCGCUUUCGGCAGCGAAGCCGUACUAAGCAAGGAACAAUUUCAAGAACUGAUGCUGGGUUUGGAGCUAACAGGGUUCCCUUUCUUGAUUGCUCUAAGGCCACCUGUUGGAUUCGACACUAUAGAAGAAGCUUUGCCUAAUGGAUUUACAGAGAGGGUUCGAGAGAGGGGGUUUGUUCAUGGUGGGUGGGUCCCACAGCAGCUGAUCUUGAAACACACAGCGGUGGGGUGUUUUGUGACACAUUGUGGGUACGGGUCAAUGUGGGAGGGGCUGAUGAGCGAGUGUCGAUUGGUGGCGCUGCCACACGUGGCGGAUCAGUAUGUGCAGGCGAGGCUUUUGAGUGGGGUUCUAAAGGUUGCGGUGGAGGUGGAGAAAGGGGAUGAAGACGGGCUGUUUACUAAGGAAGGUGUUUGCGGUGCUGUAAUGGCGGCUAUGGCGGAGGAAAGUGGUGUCGGGGAAGAGGUGGUGGUGAAUCAUGAGAAAUGGCGGGGGAUUUUGGGGAGUGAGGGGUUUCAGGAUUCUUAUUUUGAUGCUUUUGUUGAGAACCUUCGGAAACUUCUCGAUUAAAUUUUAGUGUCUCGAUGAAAAUCCGGGCUCCGCUAGUGUUCGCUGAUAAGUACUUUCUAAUUGUAAGAAGAAAUAAAAGAACACGAACUCGUUGCAUUUGAACUAA